AUGAGCGGUAAGUAGAGAGGUAAAUAAAUACAUACAUACUUUAUGGAGGGGUAUAGGAUCUAUAAGCACAUUUAAUGUAGAGUAAUAACUCAAAGUUCCUUUCAGGCGGUCAAAAACAUCUUGUGCGGAAACCAGCCGUCCUGAUCCUUGAUGAAGCCACGUCAGCUCUAGAUUCUGAAUCAGAGUACAUAAUCCAAAAGGCCCUACACCAAUGUGCCGUCGGCCGCACUGUGAUUGUAAUUUCACACCGUCUGAGCACCGUGGAGAAAGCUGACCGGAUAUUUGUCAUCCAGAAAGGAGAAGUGGUUCAAGCGGGGAACCAUCAAACCCUGAUGCAAACUGAUGCGCUUUAUAAGGAUCUUGUGAAGCGACAGCUCUUUGGUGGGCAUGCGAAAGACGAUGGAGACGUUCCAAAUGCUGUAGGAGGCUCGGUGACUCAAGAAAAUCAUAUAACAGAGACCUCUGCUGGCUGAAAAUGUGUAACGACUUUUUAUUAACGAUUACCGUUCUUCGAUGGGCGGUGGCUGUCUAAAAACUUAUUGAAUUUUGUUUGUUUUUUGUUGAAGUUUUUAAGUAAAAAGUUUCAUAUCUUUUACGAGAUAUCAUACAUAAAUGACCAACAAAUUGAUAUAUAAGUAAUGAAAAUUUUCCAUUCAAUCAGUGUGAAUUGCAUCGGAUUUGUCGCCAGAUUUCUUAGUGGUGUGCUCGGGAUAAAAGAGACCUUCUUCAAAAGGCUGUAGCGACCUCAGUUUGCACUUAAAAAUCUUGUUAUUUCGUAGGCAAGAAAUAAUGUCGCUUAAAAAUACAUAUUCCAAAAACGAACCCUCUGCGCCGCCCCCGCCGAAAGUUAAAGCCUCCUACUUUCCUCCACGUUUCUUGAAAGACCCUGUAUUUCAACAAGAUCGCAGAAGUAGGUAAAAAUUGUAUUCAAAAAGGGGCGGAUUAUUUCGAAAGCCUGAGGAGAAAAAAUCGGACAUCAUUUCACGAUUUCCGGGGGGUUUCAUUUGUAAUCAACAAAAAAAUUGUCUUAUCUUAUCGCUGUUUAAAAGUUUGUUAUAAAAGAAGCUGACAUCAUAGAGAGUUCCUAACCACGGCGUACUUGUUCGUUCGUAAAGUUGCUGGAGUCGUUUUUGGCGCUGGAAUUGUUCUAACAAGGAAAGUACUUUUAUGGGGGCUCAAUUAGCUGCCCAUUUUAUAUAUCCUUGAUCAGCACAUUUUUUCUGAUUUUUUGAGAUUGUCCCGUCAAAAAGUAGGAGCCCCUAUAAAAGUACUGUCCUUGUAAAAAAAUUUUAGGAUGCGAGCGACAGCCAAAAAAACCUAGUGAAAAAAGCAAAAAAUGCACAGGGAAAGGUGCACUUUUGUUUCUGAACAAUGCAUGUCGCAAAAAUCAAUGCAGCGACUUUGCGAACGUACAAGUAAUGAAACUGUUUUUGUGGUUUUGAGUGCUUCAACGUUCCUUUUGGUUUUUCGCACCUCUUCAGACGGAACUUUGCUCGAGCCCGGCUAAAAGAGAGUGCUUUUUCCGAGCACACUUCCCUUCUCCUAUGAUGCAAUAGGAGGGGAAAAUUUGUGUUUCUUUUUGUUACUUCUGGCUAAAAAAUGCAAAAAAUCCAGCGAAUUUUCUGCAAAUUUUGUGGAAAUACUCUGUAUGGGGCGAAUAUUCAUUUAUAGGAUUCUUGGGGUGCGAAAAAUUUUCUUUCAGAUCCAUCUCCACCUUUUCCAGGAAGAUCUAAAAAUGGCCAGAAUCGGAGCCAUUUCUGUUUUGCUUGCUUAUGUUCUACUCGACCUAUUAUUUACAAUACUUCCUUACGGAUUUUAUGCUCAAAACUUUGGCUUCAACUUUAACAUGAUGGGAAAAAAUUUGAAUCCAAUUGAGUACGAUCCGCGGACAAGUGGCUUUGACUUUCUAAUUUAUUACUUGCUGAGGAUUAUUUUCUUACUCGUUGGAAUGAUUAUGGUGGCUUUUAAAAAGCCGCUGUUGUUAUUUUCCUUUUCGCUUAAUAGCGUUGCAGCGUGUUCGAUUUCGUUUUCAUUGGUCAAGGUGAGUGGGUUUCGAUUUCACGAUUGUUUUUUGUUUCAGCUACGUAUACGUAUGCGCAUACGGAUAUUUUUAGCCAAAAAAUCGUAUCCAAUAAAAAAUUGGAUGUACCGUAUCUGCAUCCAAGUAUCCGAAUUUUGCAAACCCCUUCGGGUAUGCUUCUUUUGGAGCUAUAAAUUUGACCCAGUUAGCAAAAAUUUAUCAAAGAACUAUUUAAAAAAGUUAUAAAAUAAAUCCUUAAUAUUUUUUAAGUAAAAGAUACCGAUACCUAAUUGCUGUAACUAAUUUUUAACCCGUGCUUGCAAGCGCCAUUGAUGUAGAACGAUCUUUGCCGCCGAGAGAGCACGCGAAAACGCAGAGAACGGUUAAAGAAACACUUUUUGGCCAUAACUUUGCCAGUUUCGUGCGGAAAAAAUUUACUUUUUGUGAAAAUAUUACCCUCUACGGUAGAAGGGUAUGUAUGACUUUUUGCCGAAAUUUGGAAUAAAAUGUCGGGGUUUUUCCGAUUUUUGAUCUAAAAACCUCGGUCGUUUCUGCAAAGCACAAGCUAUGAUGCUUGCAUAUCUUUUAGAAGAAACUAUUCAAAAUUUAUGACAAAGUUUCCGAAAUCUGAGCGUCGGAAUUGGGGUACUUCCCUCUUAGAAAAUUUUGAAAACACACAAAAAUUUAACAACUAUGUAUAAGAUUGCUCUUGAAAAUUUCAAAAAAUACAAGUUUUUAAGAUCCUCUGCUUCGCCGAGCGCCCCAACCAACUCGAAUUCUUUGGUGUUUGGCUCUCACUAUUCUGGAACAUUUUUGGCUCAUUUUGGUCGUUAUAUAUCUUCAAUUCUGUUGUUCUAAAACAACUUUUUAAUCCGGCCAACUAUGAGCGAAUGGAAGAGGGGGCAGAAACGAUGCUGGGAGACGCAGAAGCAGCGUCUGAGAACGCUGGUAAUACCGAUGAGAAGGAAGACGGGAAAGAGCCGAUCACAAGGCAGUCGGUUAUGGCACAUGUCAAAUUCUUGAUGAAAUACGCCGGCAAGUAUUGGCAGUGGUUUUGUUUGGCUUUUAUUUUCCUGCUGAUUACAGCUUCUGGUAAGUUGCGUGGCAGAAAAAUGAGAAUAUUUUAUGCUAGCCGACUUGUAGGUUUAUGUUCAUCAUAACUAGCAGGUACCCUAAGUGCGACGCUCAGAUUUUGAUCAAAACUUGGCACAAAUUUAAAAUAGUUUUUUACGAAACAUGCGAGAGUCUUAGCUCGCGCUUCGCAGAUAUGAGCGGAUUUUUUGGUGGAAGGUUGGCCAAAAUGCGACACUUUUUUGCGAAUUUUAUCAUAAAAACUUUCCUGACUAUUUCUAAUGUAGAGGGUAAUGUCUCUGCAAAAAGUCAAUUUUUUGCCCAAAACUGGCGAAGAUAUUGCCAAAAAAGUGUUUUUUUACGUUGUCUGCGUUUCUGCGUUUCGCGUACUCUCUCGGCGGCAAAGAUCGUUCAAUAUCUAGGAUGCGCCUGUACAUAGCAAGCCAAGAUUUUCAGGAAUUGAUAUGUGGUCUAUGCCCAAUGCGUAUGCAAAUUUAAAGAAAAUCGCACUUCAGGUCCAUUUUUUAUAUGUAUAAGAUAAAAUAGCACAGCAAACAAUGUAUAUUACUAUCCAAUUGCAGCAAGAUCCUUCAUUCCCUACUACACUGGAAAAGUCAUCGCCAACAUUGUUCAUAGGGACAAAGAGUCAACAGAUGCUUUUUAUUCGACGUUGUUUGUUAUGUGCGGUCUCAUUGCUGUCGCGUAAGUUGAAAGUUUUGAAUUGAAAACCAAGCCUUUUUUGCCGCAAAAAAUCGGAGAAGUCAGCUAUUAAAAUUAUUUUUUUCCUUCUGACACAGUGAGCCAAAACAUUGUCUUUUAACAUCUAAAGUCAACCCAAAAAUGACAGUGCUUUCAGCUCCGUCUUUGCCGGUCUUCGCGGAGCCGUCUUUAAUUGGGCCGGAGCUCUUGUGAAUCGUCGAAUGCGCAAAGACCUGUUCGACUCAUUGAUCAGCCAGGAAAUUGCGUUUUUUGAUCAGCAAAAGACCGGUGCCAUCUUAUCCCGACUUACCACCGAUUGUGAGACUGUGACCUCAAUUAUUCAAACAAACAUGGAGUUGUUGCUGAGGAGUGUGGCGAUGUUAAUCGGCUUCACAAUUGUUAUGCUCAACGUGUCGUGGCGACUCACUGUGGUCACAUUUGUGGUCAUGCCGCCGUUGGCUGUGUUCACCAAACUGUAUGGGACUUAUUGUGAUGUAGGUUGUUGGAUUACAUUUGGGAUACUGUAGGUGUACAGUAGCAUUUUCGUAUUUAAAAAUGAGAAGGAUGUGAAUAAAAAGUUUUGCUAGUCUUUCUUUAACACCCCAGUUUUUCAGAAAAUAAGCGAAAAUGUGCAAACAACCAUGGCCAAGGCGAAUCAGGCAGCUGAAGAAUGCUUGGGCACAGUGCGAACAGUGAGAGCGUUUGCUUGCGAAAACAAGGAGUCCAAGCGCUUCGAUGAACACCUUGUUGGGAUUGUUGGGAUACUUAAAGUAUGUUGUCAUCAUCGACAAGGGAAUUUCCUCUCUUUCUCACAAAAUAAUCUUUUCUUGGCUAACAGUGGAAGCACUCCAAGUUCGACGCUGAGAUUUUGAUGAUACUUGGCACAAAUUUAGAAUAAUUUUUUCUAAGAUAUAUGCGAGAAUCCUAGCUCGCGCUUUGCAAAAACAACCGAGAUUUUUAGAUCGAAAGUCGGCGAAAAUUUAGGACUUUUUGCCGAGUUUUGGCACUAAAAUUUUCAUGCCUAUUUCUAUCGUAAAGCAUAAUGUUUCUACAAAAAAUCAAAUCUUUCCGCACGAAACUGCCAAAGUUAUGGCCAAAAAGCGUUUUCCUCUCUGACCGCUCUCCACGUUUAGCGUCCUCUCUCGGCGGCAAGAAUCGUUCGAUAUCUCGGCGGCGCUCGCAAAGCGCGAGCUAAAACUUUCAGGAAUUGAUAUUUAGUCCAUACCCGACGUGUGUGCAAAAUAUAAAGAAAAUCUGAGCGUCGCACUUGGAAUACUUCCUUUUUAAACUAAAAAAAGUUUUUUUUUAAGCAUAAAGCGGUAAUGUCGUUUGGUUACAUAACGCUCAGCGAGAUAUUGGAAUACCUCGUCCUUGUCGUGGUGCUUCUCUACGCCGGGCAUUUGGCAAUUACCGGCAACCUGACUGUGGAGCAAAUCACCGCUUUCAUUCUCUAUCAGCUUCAAUUGAUUGAUAUCUUUUAUGCAAGUGAUUCCUACGGGAAACAAUACAAAAAACUUUUAGAAUAUAGACUACGUGUUUGCCAACAUGAUGGGAAGUGUUGGUGCUUCACGAAAGGUGUUUGAGUAUAUGAAUAAGCGGCCGGAAAUAGCAUAUGACGGUACGGUUGAAAGCAAGGUUGAAGGGAACAUUGAAUUCGAGGAUGUGUCGUUUGUUUAUCCAAGUAGACCACAUUCAGAGGUGUUAAAAGUAAGAAAAGAUUGCUUACAUAUAACUUUAUUCUUCAACGUGUUUCUUAAAAGUUUACUCUGUGUUUUUAGUCGAUCAACCUCUCUAUUAAGCCUGGAGAGACAGUUGCGCUAGUUGGUCCCUCUGGCGCUGGAAAAUCAUCCAUUAUUUCGUUACUUGAGUACUUUUACGAGACAACAAAAGGUGCCAUUAAACUCGACGGCGUGAAUAUUCGAGAAUACGCCCAUCGCUUUUAUCAUCAACAAGUCUCGUUGGUCAGCCAAGAGCCGACACUGUAUUCCGGCUCGAUAAAGGAGAAUAUCCUGUAUGGGUGUGAGGAAUGGUGUACUGAAGAUGACAUGGUUGAAGCAGCGAAGCUAGCCAACGCACAUGGCUUCAUUACAGAGCUGGAGGAGGGAUAUGAGACAAAGUGCGGAGAGAAGGGAGUGCAGAUGAGCGGUAAGUAGAGCGGUAUAUACAAACAUAUACACUCCGUUACGAAAGCAUACCUACCCCAUGGAAAAUUGCAGUAUCUAAGGUUUGGUAAGAGAUAUCAAAAAACUUCUAACGCCAUUCGAAAGAGCACGUUUUGAAACCAAUUAACACAUCGAAUCAGCUCGUGGAAAAAUUUUUGGCCUUUUAGGCAACUAUUUUAAUAUUUUUGGCCGUUUCAAAAGUAUACCUACCCCUGACGGUUUUUUGGCCAAUCUGGCUCGGGUUUUAACUAACCCGCCUCGGUUUCAUUCCGUCGUGUACCCUAUAGUAUUAGGAAGUAUAUUACAUUCAUUUCAAUUCCACUUUACCCACGUAGUGCUUUUGCGAGCCAUCUCUGACCUUGUACAUGAGAUUAAUCUUAAUUUCAAAAAAUUUCUUGGCUAGGCUGCUUUCUUGGCAGAAAAACUACAAUACUUGUUGUGGAGGGGUAUAAUACCUAUGAGAAGUUUUACUGUAAAGUAAUAACACAAGUUUUUUCUUUCAGGCGGUCAAAAGCAACGAAUAGCUAUUGCGCGAGCGCUUGUGAGGAAACCGGCUGUGUUGAUCCUUGAUGAAGCCACGUCGGCUCUCGAUUCUGAAUCAGAAUACAUAAUCCAAAAAGCACUAAAUCAAUGUGCCGUCGGACGCACUGUGAUUGUAAUUGCCCACCGUCUGAGCACCGUGGAGAAAGCUGACCGGAUAUUUGUCAUUCAGAAAGGAGAAGUGGUUCAAGAGGGGAACCAUCAAACGCUGAUCAAAAUUGAUGGGCUUUAUAAAGAUCUUGUGAAGCGACAGCUCUUUGGUGGACAAGCGAAGGACGAUGGAGACGUUCCAAAUGCUGUAGGAGGCUUGGUGACUGAAGAAAAUCAUACAAAAGAAACCUCUGCCGGCUGA